UAUCCUCCUCCCUUCAAUUCUCUCCUCGAUCGCCGCCGCGCGUCCGUGCGUGCGCCGCUACAAAAAAAAAAAAAAAACUUGGGGUUUCCUCGCCGGCGCCGCGCCGAUCCAACAACGAACUCACUCAAUCGCCGCGAGACACGAUCGAUCGAGAAAUCGAGAUGGCGCGUUUCGUGGUGGCCGGCGCGUCGGAGUACCUGGCCAUCACGGGCUGGGGGAUCGACGACGUGAAGCUGGCGAAGAAGGCGUGGGUGUUCGCGGGGCAGAAGUGCCUCAAGUUCGACGCCACGCCGGUGAGCUACGACAUCGACGUGCAGGCCAUGAGCUCCGAGAAGCUGCCCUUCAGGCUCCCCGCCGCCUACACCAUCGGCCCCAGCCCCAAGAUCAAACGGAACCCUGUGGUGGACGGACCGGCGCCGCCGGCCGACACACAACGGAGACUGGAGGAUUGCGACGAGGAAGCGCAGCUACUACUGUACGCAAAACUCAUUGCUGCUUCCCAGAUCAGAUCACCAAACCACGUCAUCGAUCUCGUGAAGGGUGUCAUCGAGGGCGAGACCCGCGUGCUCGCCUCGUCCAUGACCAUGGAGGAGAUCUUCCAGGGCACAAAGAAGUUCAAGCAACAAGUGUUCGACCAGGUGCAGCUUGCCCUCAACGAGCUUGGCCUCUACAUCUACAGCGCCAACGUCAAGCAGCUCGUCGAUGACCCGGAUUCACCCGGCAACGACUACUUCUCCUUCCUGGGGCAGAAGAGGCAGGCGGAGGUGGAGGGCAAGGCGAAGGUGGCCGAGGCGGAGGCGCGGAUGAAGGGGGAGAUCGGCGCCAAGGAGAGGGAGGGGCUCACGCUUCAGAACGCGGCGAAGGUGGAUGCCGAGACGAAGGUGCUGUCCGCGCGGCAGCAGGGUGUGGGCUGCAGGGAGGAGAUCAAGGUGAAGGCCGAUGUGGAGGUGUACGAGAACGAGAGGGAGGCGGACAUCGCGGCGGCGCGGGCGGCGCUAGCGGUGAAGAAGGCCGGGCUGGACAAGCAGUCCAAGGUUGCCGAGGUCGAGGCGGUCAAGGCCGUCGUCGUUCGCGAGGCCGAGCUGCAGCUGGAGGUGGAGCGCAAGAACGCGCUGCGCCUCACCGAGAAGCUCAAGGCCGAGAAGCUCAGCAAGGCCACCGUCCAGUACGAGACACAGGUGCAAGAUUCAAACGCGGCGCUGUACGACAGGCAGAUGGCAGCGGACGCGACGCUGUUCGAGCAGGUGAAGUCGGCGGAGGCGCGCAAGGCGCAGGCCGGCGCCAAGUUCUUCGAGCAGAAGCUGGCCGAGGACGCGAGGCUGUACGCGAGGCAGCGGGAGGCGGAGGCGCUGGCCGGGGUGGGCAGGGCCAAGGCGGAGCUCGUGGCGUCCAUGCUCCAGGAGCUCGGCGGCGACCACGGCGCGCUCCGGGACAGCCUCAUGAUCGACGGCGGCGUGUACGAGGAGGUCGCGCGCGUCAACGCCAGCGCGAUGAGCGGCAUCCAGCCCAAGAUCAGCAUCAGGAGCGGCGCCGGCGGCGCCAACGCCGGUGCUAGCAGCGCAGGCGCGGUGCAGCAGGUGGCGGCGGCCGACGUGUACGACAUGCUGCCGCCGUUCCUGCAGUCAUCAGGGGGAUUUAACAAAUUGCCACUAUAG